AUGGUGCUUCUCAAGGACCCGAGGGCUGUCUUUUUGGCGGCCAUUGUGGUGACCGCAAUGGUCAUGCCAUCAUGCUAUGUUGCACAAGGUGUAGGGGUAUGCAACCAGAUCUUACCAUGCACGGACAACACGUGCAAAGUCUACUGCCAGAAAUUGGGGUACAGGUUCUCCAAGGCACAGUGCAAGCCUGGGAACCUGAAGAAAGGUGUGUCCUAUGACAACUGCUGUUAUCUAAAGUUAGAACCCGUCAUCCACGGGUAG